CACCAUCGCUCGAAGACUUUCAAGUCACCAUUGAGCUCGUCGACUGUUUGUGUCCACGCACCACACCAGCUUUCCUAAGGACCGCAGAUCAUGGCCAUUCGAUACGCCGUCAUUGGCACCAAUUGGAUCACCGACUCCUGGAUCAAAGCAGCAGAAAAGGCCGGGAAAUGGCAAUUGCACGCCGUAUACUCACGCACCAAAGAGCAGGCGGAGAAGUUCGCUUCGAAAUAUGCCUGCUCCAACCUGUACACUUCCCUCGAUGAUCUCGCUGGUGAUCAGGAGCUCGACGUCGUCUACAUUGCCUCGCCCAAUAACCUGCACUACGAGCAAGCGAAGCAGAUGCUCAAAGCGAAGAAGCAUGUAGUGCUUGAGAAGCCUGCAACCAGCACAUCAGCAGAACUGGACGACCUUUUCCGGAUAGCAAAAGAGGAGGGCGUGUACCUGAUAGAGGCUUACAGACAUAUUCAAGAGGCGAACUACAAGCUGUUGCGGAAGAUCGUCAAUGAGGAUAAGAAGUUGGGUCCCAUUUACGGAGCGUCAUUCUCCUACUGCUCGUACAGCAGCAGAUACAACAACGUCUUGAAUGGAGAGACGCCCAACAUCUUCUCCCUCGACUUCUCAGGCGGCUCGCUCGUCGAUGUCGGAGUGUAUCCCGUCACAUUUGCAGUUGCGCUCUUCGGCAAGCCGAAAACUCAAUCCUACAUCCCGACAAUUUGCAGGACCGGCGUCGAUGGUGGUGGUGUCGGAAUCUUGCAGUACGAUAAUUUCGGCGUGCAAAUCAACAACAGCAAAUCAUACCAGAGCACCGCGCCUUGCGAAAUCUAUGGCGAGAAGGGAACUCUCACCAUCAACUUCACAACCGACAUUGAUAGCUUGAAACUUUGGAGUCCUCAUACCAAGACCACGGAAGACUUGGCAGGUCCCUGUAAGAGGGUCGAGAAGCCCAAUGUGAACAUGGAAGAGGAGGCCGCGGAAUUCGCGCGGAUUCUACAGGAGAAGGAUACGGCCGCCUUGCAAGAAUUGGAGACAAUCUCGCGAAACGUCUUAUACGUUACGGAAGACAUGAGACGACAGGCUGGCAUCAAUUACCCGGCGGACAAGAUUGGCAGGUGAAAGUAAACGUGAAUUUGUCAUACACAGAACGGUCACGUACGACAUGCCUAUUUGUGGCUUCGUUUGAACUUUGGCGUACGACACCAGGCUUCACCUUGCAUAGGCCAUGCGGAUCGUUAAACUACGAUCGACUGUACAUUUUACGCAGGUACCGAAGGGGUCUAUACUAUCAUGAUGCAGUGUAGACCAGGAACCGGAGAUACACGAUCGAAGCAUCGCGUCAAAGAUUGGGAUUCCCUUGUCAUCGAGUAGCUCUAUGAUCCCUUCACUCCCGCCUCCUAAAGUUUGUGCGGGGUGAUGAUGAAG